AUGGGGCUUGCGCACAGCAAGGCAUUGAUCGCGACACUAGCAUUAGCAACUCACUAUGCGCUUCACCGAAGCGACUGGGAUAACACUUUCCACACUGUCAUUGGAAUCUGGGCCGUCGCCUUCGGAGGCAUUGCGACUUUCGAAUAUGUUGCUGAUGGACGCACCAAAAGUCUUGGUGUCGCAGUCCAGCUUGCGGCAAGGACAGCGACAUUCUAUUUCGCCAUCUUGAUUGCUAGCAUAUUACUGCAUAGGGGAUUUUUCCAUCGCUUGCGGAAGUUCCCUGGCCCCUUCUUCGCCCGGUUCUCAAAGUCAUACGGUAUCUCGGUCGGGGUACUUUCGACCAACUUUCAGUAUUUCAAAUGGCUCGACUCUUUACCCCGGCAGUACGGAGAAGACGUCAUUCGUACUGGUCCUAGAGAAGUCACAGUCUACUGCGCUGACGCCGUUCCUCUGAUCCACGGAGCUACUUCGAAGUGCAGCAAGAACACUAUAUACGACACUAUUUCUGAAGUUGCCGGCCGUUCUCUCCAUUUCACAACUAACAAAGACGAACAUCGACAGAGGCGCAAGAUGUGGGAUCGUGCAUUCAACGCGAAUGCUCUUCGCGAAUACGAGCCGCGCUUGAACCGCCAUGCUCUUGCUCUCAUAUCCAAGCUCAAAGAGCAAGCUACACGAUCUUCAGUGCGAAUUACAGACUGGGUCAACUUCUACAGCUUUGACGUUAUGGGAGAUGUUGGCUUCAACCGCAGCUUUGAUAUGGUGGAGAAGGGUAAAGAAGACCCUGUCAUCAAGCUAUUACACGAAAGCCAGGCGCCCAUAAGUAUCUUUGCACACAUCGCUUGGGCCAUGCGGCUCAUAGCAUUGACACCCGUCGGUUCUGGACCCCUCUUUGAGCAUAUAGCCUGGAGCGCAAAGGUUCUCGAAGAACGGAAAAAGGAUUCGCCCAAAGAGAAGGACGUGUUCUCUUCUCUGCUGAACCCAAAUAAUGACCGGAUAACGCCUGAGAUGAACUCCGAUUCGCGGCUUCUGAUCAUAGCUGGCAGUGAUACCGUGGCUGCGACUUUAUCAUUUCUCAUGUGCGAGCUGUGCAAGAAUCUAGAGACCCAGGCCAAGCUUCGCAUCGCUAUUGAUGCAAUCGAAGCAAAGAAAGCGCAUCUUGAUGUUGAAGACGUCACCGAAUGUGCUUACCUAGACGGGGUUAUCAACGAGACUUUGCGCCUACAUCCUGCUACCCCUUCCGGCGCGCAGCGCGAGACACCACCUGAAGGAAUCACUCUACCCAACGGCACAUACAUACCCGGUAAAGUCAACGUUUGGAUGCCUUUCUACAGCUUGCAACGCGACCCACGAUACUGGGAAGAGCCGCUGUCCUUCAUGCCAGAGCGAUGGACCGGCGAACGACCUAGUGCUAUCAUUGAGAAGCGUGCCUAUCUACCUUUCUCCAUUGGGCCAUACAACUGCAUUGGACAGAAGCUAGCCAUGAUGGAGCUACGUAGUGUCACUGCCAAUCUUGUUCGAUCAUUCAAGAUCUCUUUUGCCGAGGGUGAGGAUGGCAGUACGAUCGAGAACAAGACCCGGGACUGCUUCACCAUAAAUGUGGGCAAGCUGGAUGUCAGACUCACGCCACGGUACUGA